GUCGAAAGCUUGACUGAACUAGCAUCUGCCAGCCGAUUCCAACGAGACUGCGAUGAAGUCACACGGAUGCGUGCCAGAUUAUCGUGCGCUGGAUUAACUAAAGUGAUGUAUUGGAGAUUUGACCAGUCGUUGUGCGGCAUGCUGGAUGAACCGUUCCAACGAGAUGUGACCGACCUCGAGAAUCCGAGCUUGACAGAGCUUUGCGCCACCCUCACUGAUCCUGACUCUGAUUCUGGGGACGAAUUUGACCCGGACGAGGACGGAGAAUUCCCAGAUGAUGAAGCGGAUGAUACUGUUUUUAGUCGAAUGUUUGGCCCUGACCCACCGGACAAAAGUUUUUAUCAUCUUCCACCUGUAUAUUCGCGGGACAUUCAAGUACUGUACCGUGCCAAUCAAAUCGUC